AUGUACUUAAAUUGUGAUGAUUCUGAAGCGGUUUUUACAUUCACCAAGCUGACCGAUGCUCUCAUCACUUCUUAUAUAAUGUUCCGGUAUGAGCAAAUUAAGAAAGAGCAAAUACAUGAUUGUGGAAUAUGUUUUAUGAACCCGUCUGCAAUUUCGCAGGCUGAUCAACGCAAACCCAAACACAUCGAGGAUGCAAGUAGAGCGGUUGCAGAUCGAUUGUAUAAAAGAAAGGGCAAUGACAUCAUCCUAUUGCCCUACAACCCCGGAAACCAUUGGGUGUUGGCAGUACUAAACCUGAAAACAACUACUUGCUAUUAUCUUGAUUCCUUACGGCCUAGAAGUGUCGAUGAGCAGUUGAGGCAAAUUAUUGAUACGGAAAUGGCCGUGUAUGCUUCAGAAAGUGGUGCCAACAUAAGGGUUAAACUCGUAUGGAUUAACGCUAGGUGUCCACGUCAGCCAGGAGGUACUGAAUGCGGCUACUAUGUGAUGAAGUUCAUGAAGGAGAUAGCUUACGAAGGAGUUGAAAUACUUGACAAUGAUAAUAAGAAUACUCGGCUGCGGAUAUGGAUGGCAUUCGUGAAGAUUGGUCGACUUAUGUGGUUAACUCUAUUUUUAAGUUAUAAAUCGUAUUUUAGGUGUGAUAAUGUAUUGACAAACAAUUCUUUUUUUGUUAACGUUAAAAUAUUUGUAGUAUACUUGACAAAUGAUUAUGUAAUGGAUUGUUUUGGUAUAUAUAUGUGUCUAAAUAUUAACCUGAAAAAAUCUACUCUUUUUGGAGUUGGGGUCUCAGAGAUGGAGGGUUCAGCUAAGGCAAAUAAUCCGCAUUGUUCGCAUGGGGUUAUUCCUUUCGUUUACCUCGGCUUGAAUGUUGGAGCGGAUAUGAACCGGCCUUGCCAUUGGUAA